AGCGCCGGGCACGCGAGGGGCGGGGCCAGCCCCUCCCCGGUCGGAGGAGGUGGAGCCGCAGCUGCUGCCCGCGCGCCCCUAGUAACGGCUUCUGGAGCUGCGACCAUGACCCAGUCGGUGGUGGUGCAGGUGGGCCAGUGCGGGAACCAGAUCGGCUGCCGCUUCUGGGACUUGGCGCUGAGGGAACACGCCGCCGUCAACAAGAAAGGAAUUUAUGAUGAAGCAUUAAGCAGCUUCUUUAGAAAUGUGGAUACCAGAAAUGGUGGUGAUGGUGCUGAUAUUCACAAAGGAAAAAUCUUCUCUUUAAAAGCACGAGCUCUCUUGAUUGACAUGGAGGAGGGUGUAGUGAAUGAAAUUCUGCAGGGGCCAUUGAGAGAUGUGUUUGAUAGCAAGCAGCUCAUCACAGAUGUUUCUGGUUCAGGGAACAACUGGGCUGUAGGUCAUAAACUGUAUGGCUAUCAGUACCGGGAACACAUUGUGGAAAAGCUGAGGAGGACUGCAGAACACUGCGACUGUCUGCAGUGUUUUUUUGUAAUUCAUUCAAUGGGAGGUGGGACAGGAUCUGGUCUUGGUACUUUUGUACUAAAUGUGCUUGAAGAUGAGUUCCCGGACGUAUAUAGAUUUGUUACUUCAGUUUACCCUUCUGGGGAGGAUGAUGUCGUUACUUCUCCAUAUAAUAGUGUUCUGGCUAUGAAGGAACUUAAUGAGCAUGCGGACUGUGUGCUGCCAAUUGAAAAUGAAGUAAGAGAGAGUAUUAAUAUUCUCGUCAAUUUCUCUUGUUGUGUACGUUACAGAGGAAGUGUUUCUUCCUUAUCUGUAUUGAUGAAAAAUGUUAUCCUGAAACUUAUUUUCAAAAAGAACCAAAUUAGCUCUGCCAGGUUUGAAGGUUCCCUUAAUAUGGAUCUUAAUGAAAUCAGCAUGAAUUUGGUUCCCUUUCCUCGACUUCAUUACCUGGUUUCCAGCUUGACUCCUCUGUAUACAUUGGCUGAUGUUAAUGUACCUUCUAGACGGUUGGAUCAAAUGUUUUCAGAUGCUUUCAGCAAAGACCACCAGUUGAUUCAAGCAGACCCAAAGCAUAGCUUGUACCUUGCCUGUGCACUUCUGGUUCGAGGAAAUGUACAGGUUUCAGACCUUCGCAGAAACAUUGAAAGGUUGAAGCCUUCCCUUCAUUUUGUCUCAUGGAAUCAAGAAGGCUGGAAAACUGGCCUAUGUUCAGUACCUCCUGUGGGCCAUUCUCACUCACUGUUGGCAUUAGCAAACAACACGUGUGUGAAACCGACAUUUACAGAGCUCAAAGACAGAUUCAUGAAGCUCUACAAGAAAAAG